UGUUACGUUUUUCCUGGGUCACAGUCAUAUCCAAGUGUUGUUGUUUUUUUCUCUAGUGCCGUAAACCAGGACAAUUUAGGACUUUUUAUUGAUGGGUGAAGCUGUCAUUUUUAGCUAAACAGUAAAUUUUGUAUGGAAAUACAGCUAGUCCUCAACUUACGCUUUUAUAAUUAAAAGUUUUUUAAAAUUGUCGUUUUGUCUCUGUUGUGUUUUCUCUGAAAUGUUGAGCAUUUUGCAAUGGUUUUAAUUUAAGAGCUGUGGUGGCGCAGUGGUUAGAAGGCAACAUUGCAGGCUAAACUCUGCCGACGGUCAGCAGUUCGAUGCUGACUCAGCCUUCCAUCCUUCCGAGGUUGGUAAAUGAAGCACUGUGAAGCGCUAUAUAAGUCUAAGUGCUCUUCCUUCCUUCCUUCUUUCCCCCCCCCAGUGGUUAGAAUGCAGAAUUGCAGGCUAAUUCUGCCCACUGCCAGAAGUUCGAUCCUGACCAGCUCAAGAUUGACUCAGCCUUCCAUCCUUCUGAGGUCGGUAAAUGAAGCACUGUGAAGCGCUAUAUAAGUCUAAGUGCUAUUGCUAUCUUCCUUCCUUCUUUCCUUCCUUCCUUCCUCCCUCCCUCCCUCCCUCCCUCCCUCCCUCCUAGUGGUUAGAAUGCAGAAUUGCAGGCUAAUUCUGCCCACUGCUAGAAGUUCGAUCCUGACCAGCUCAAGAUUGACUCAGCCUUCCAUCCUUCUGAGGUCAGUAGAUGAAGCACUGUGAAGCGCUAUAUAAGUCUAAGUGCUAUUCCUUGCUGGCUUCCUUCCUUCCCAGUGGUUAGAAUGCAGCAUUGCAGUCUAAUUCUGCCCACUGCGAGCAGUUCGAUCCUGACCAGCUCAAGAUUGACUUGGCCUUCCAUCCCUCCCAGAGUUGGAAGGGGCCUUGGAGGUCUUCUAGUCCAACCCUCUGCUCAGGCAGGAGACCCCACACCAUUUCAGACAAAUGGCUGUCAGAUCUCUUCUUUAAAAUCUCCAGUGAUGGCGCCCCCACAACUUCUGGUGGCAAGCAGUUCCACUGGGUAAGUGUUCUCACUGUCCGGAAAUUUCUCCUUAAUUCUAGGUUGUUUCUCUCCUUGGUUACUUUACAUCCCACUGUUUCUCAUCUUGUCUUCAGGCCCUUUGGAGAAUAUAUGUUUAUUAUGAACAAUUAACUUCUUGGUUUUUUGUUUUUUUUUUGUAAAUAUUUUUUUAUUUUUUCCCAAACAUAAACAUAAAAUGUAACUUUCAAGAACAGAGUUUCAAUCCGGUCAUAGAUGGUUUAACAUGCUUACAUUCUUUUAACACGCUCUAUUCCACUUCUCUAUUACAUCUUUUAAAAAUUUAAAACAGCGGAAAAAAAACAAAAAACAAAUUUAAACAUAAAAUUCUAACACUUUCAUCUAGACAAAUCUAAUAUAUCAAUACAGUUUUAACUUCGAAUUAAAUUUUAGCUCAUUAUCUCUGUAUAUUAACUCCUUGUUGAUGGUUAACGUCCCCGUCAAUUGUGCAUUUGAGUGGCGAAGUCUGAAAUUUGAGACCCGCUCCAGAGUUGUUAAAUCUCUUUGCCGUCUUCUGCCCGGCAGUUUCUAAAUACGAAUAAAUCGUAGAGAUAAUUCAUUAGACACGUACGUUGCUUUGGUCUACGAUCAGAAGUAAAAGUUUCGCUGGAGUUGAAUUUUUUUUUAAAAAAAGGAAUGAUGAAGCUUCUAUUUUUUUUUUUAAUUUAGUUUGCAUCUCCACAAUUCAGAGCAACUUCUCCGGGCCCUUGCCAGCUGUAUAAUUUGGAUUGUCCAGCUUUGUUAUUUCGGCAUCUGCAAAAUACAGGGUUUUUCCUUUCUCUCUUUUUUUUUUUUUAAGAAAAAACAAGUUGCAUCCCAGUGACGGUGGGGUGGGAAAGGCUGAGUUUCUGGGCUUAUUUUUAGUGGCCAAUCAAAAUAUUUUCCAAGAUGAAGGAGGGAGAAACACAGAGAGACUUUUGGUGCCGAGGACAGUGCAACCUUUGAGAUGCCUCGGCUAGAAGCAACGGACGGACGUCCAGUCUUGGCCAUGCCCAGAUAGCCUUACCUGGGAUAUCCUCGGAUGUAAGAUGGGACCCUCGGCCGGCCUCCUCCUCCUCCUCCUCUUCCUCCUGCUACUCACAGGCCGGAUCAUCCCCUUUAACAUUGAUGUGAGAAGACCUCAAAUCUUUCGUGGGCCACGGGAAGCUCAGUUCGGCUACAAAGUCCUGCAGUUCACAGCCCAGGGGAAAAAAUGGAUGUUGGUGGGCGCACCUUGGGACGGAACCGAAGGUGAUCGGAAAGGUGAUGUUUACAAAUGCAUUGUGGAAGAGAGGAAAAAUUCAACAUGCACUAAAGUCAAUAUAGGUGACAUGAGCCUCCGAAAUGUUUCCAGGCAAAUAAAGAACAUGCAUUUUGGGAUGACGCUGAUAGCUAACAAAGACGACGGGUUUGUGGCCUGCGCUCCCCUCUGGUCCCAGGAAUGUGGCACAUCCCUAUAUAGCAUAGGGAUGUGUACCAGCUUGGACAAGGACUUCCGGCUGAUGGAAAACCUCGCCCCAACGGCUCAGAGAUGUUCAACCUACAUGGACAUCGUGAUUGUCCUGGAUGGCUCCAACAGCAUUUACCCAUGGUACGAAGUGCAGAAUUUCCUGAGCAACAUUCUCAGCAAAUUUUUCAUUGACCCAGAGCAGAUCCAGGUUGGAGUCUUGCAGUACAGUGAAGUUGCGGUUCAUGAAUGGACCCUGAAGGAUUACAAGACCGCAGAGGAAGUCAUCGAAGCUGCCCAAAAUAUCAGCCGGCAGGAAGGACUCGAAACUCGGACAGCUUCUGCCAUCCACAAGGCCUGCACGGAGGCCUUCAGUCCGGAAAGAGGUGGCAGAGAAGGCGCUACCAAGCUGAUGAUCGUGCUCACUGAUGGGGAGUCCCACGAUGGGGAGGAACUUAAAGACGCUCUGGAAGAGUGUGAGGAACGGAACGUGACGCGUUAUGCCAUCGCGGUUUUGGGCCACUACAUCCGCCGGAAGAAAGACCCCAACUCAUUCAUCAACGAAAUUAAAUACAUCGCCAGUGACCCCGACGAAAAGUACUUCUUCAAUGUGACGGAUGAGGCGGCCCUCAACGAUAUCGUGGACUCCUUAGGAGAUCGGAUCUUCAGCCUUGAAGGGACCCGCGAGUAUAAUUCUUUUGAGCUGGAAAUGUCUCAGGUUGGGUUCUCCACCCACCUGCUGGAGGACGGAAUCCUCUUUGGGAUGGUGGGAGCCUACGACUGGGACGGGGCCGUGCUCAAGGAGGGCCGGUCAGGACGGGUCAUCCCCCCCCGUGAAGCUUUUGCAAGAGAGUUCCCGCGAAAGCUGAAUAACCAUGCGGCCUAUCUGGGCUACGCCGUCUCUUCAAUCAGACUCCGGAGUGGCCGAAGGCUCUAUCUGGCCAGCGCCCCCCGUUUCCAGCACAAGGGGAAAGUUAUCCUCUUUGAGAUGGAUGGAGAUGGCGACGUGUCCAUCUCUCAGGCCCUGACAGGAGACCAAAUCGGAUCCUACUUUGGCAGUGAAGUUUGUCCUGUGGACGUGAAUGGGGAUGGCAUCACAGAUAUCUUGCUGGUGGCUGCCCCCAUGUACCUGGGCCCACAGAACAAAGAGAUAGGGUGCGUUUACCUUUACAGAGUUGGCCAGUCACUCCUGACUUUCAAUGGGACCCUCCUUCCUGAUCCCAAACCUCAGGAUGCUCGCUUUGGCUACGCCAUGCUGGCGGUCCCGGAUCUUAAUCACGACAGCUUUAACGAUGUAGUUGUGGGUGCCCCCUUGGAAGACAACCACCAGGGGGCAGUCUACUUGUACCACGGCUACCGUACAACUGUAUUACCUCGUUUCAAACAGCGCAUCGAAUCUGCAGCGCUUCGCUUGGGCCUUCACUAUUUCGGCCGCAGCUUGGACGGGCAGAUCGACAUGGAUGGGGAUGGCCUGGUGGAUCUGGCUGUGGGGGCUCAGGAUGCUGCAGUGGUUUUAAGAUCCAGGAGAAUCGUGCAGAUCAAUGCCUCCAUCUCAGUCAACCCUCCCUCCAUCAACGUGAUCCAGAAAAACUGCCAGAGAAACGGGAAGGAAUCCCUCUGUGUGACAGCCAACUUCUGCUUCAGCGUGUCUUCGCGGUCUCUGGGUCCCCGGGACAGCCACUUGAGUAUAAGAUACAACGUCUCUCUGGAUGACAGGAAGUUUGGCACGAGAGCAGUCUUUGAUAGCAGCUCUCAAAAGCUGCUGCAGAAGAGAACUCGGGCCACCGUGGGCAGGACGGCUUGCUCAACUGCUCGCUUCCACGUCAUUGACACCUCAGAUUAUCUCCGGCCGGUCACCAUCACCAUGAAGUUUGCCCUGAGUGAAACUGAGCUGCCUGGGCCUGUCCUGGAUGAGAAACUGCCCACCACUGUUAAGAAACUAAUCCCCUUUUUCAAAGACUGCGGUGAGGACGAUGAGUGUGUAACAGAUCUGGUGCUACAAGCUGAAAUGGAUAUCAGUGGAUCCAGGCAGACGCCUCACAUCAUCCGUAAAGGGAAGCGGAAGAUGGUGAUUGACGUCCUUCUGGAGAACAAGAAAGAAAAUGCCUACAACACCACUCUCCAGAUCUGGUUUUCCAGAAAUCUCCACUUCUCCAGCCUUGGUCUAAAGGGUGAGAACCCCGUGAAAAUAGAGUGCUCAGUUUCUUCCGCUCAGACCCGCGUGUGCCGCGUGGGUUAUCCCGUCUUCCGGUCCUCGGCAAAGGUGGCCUUUGCCCUUGAGUUCGAAUUCAGCUGCUCCUCCCUUCUGAACAAAGUGCAGGUGAAGCUUACAGCCAGCAGUGACAGCAGCGAGUUGAACCAAACGCUGACGGACAACACGGCCCAGCCCACCGCCUUCGUCUCGUAUGAGCCUGACCUCUUCCUGACCAGUGAAUCUACCCUGAACCGCUAUGAAGUACAUCCUGUGGGGACCUUCCCGAGCGACAUGAGCCCAGAGUUUCGGACAUCCAUCAAAAUACAAAAUCUUGCCUGUUACGCGGUGUCCAAUCUGUCGCUCCGGAUGGCGUUUCCUGCCACUGGCUAUCAAGGGAGGGAAUUCCUCUGGGUGACUCGCAUCCUUGCGGAUAAUGUGACCUGCAGCUUGCCAAAUCGUACCGAGUUUGGAUCGGCUAAUAGUGUGAUUCCACUGCACCCAGAAGAAUUGGUACACACAGACAGAGUGAAUUGCACCAACGCCGGCUGCCAAGUCGUGACCUGCCAGCUGCAGCGUCUCGAGAGGAGCUCCGAAGUCACCAUCCAUUUGCUCAGAGCCGUCCGGAACGAGUUUUUCCGGAAGGCUAAAUUCAAGACAGUGAAGAUAAUCAGUAGCAUCACCCUGAAUGUCCAAGAAGAAGACAACCUGUUUCUUCUACCAAAAGCUGCUCACCAGCGGCAGGUUGUCUUGGAGAUUAUCCAGUCCAAACUGGUCCCUCUUUCCCUCUGGAUUCUGAUUGGCAGCAUCCUUGGCGGUCUUCUGCUGUUAACCGUGGUCAUCCUCUUCUUAUGGAAGGUUGGAUUUUUUAUACACAAAAAGCCUGGGGAAGAUGAAAAAGAAGAAUAAAACAGAGUCGGUCGGACAAAGACUCUUCGCGCAAGGAGGAGCAUCUGUGGGUUAAAACCCAGGAGGAGAGUUGUAAUUUUUCUGUCCUAACCACCUUCGAACCAGAGACGUUCAGGCUGCUCCACAAGAAUUGCCUCAAAAUCUUACGGCAGCGUCUUCGAAAUUCGGGAAUAAGAAAGCACAACCUCCUCUCCCCUUCGGUGUAUUUCGAUAGACGCCCGUCUAAAUAUCGCCAGAACUGAUACAUUCAGGUGGUUUAUUCAGGCAGAUCAAAAAUCACCUUUGCCUGCAAGAUUUGCGGACGGAAGACGACAGAUAAUCAAGUGGGUGGAUUUUUAAGCGGGUCACAUAUUUCCCCCCCCAUGGAAAUCUUUUAUUCCAGAUGCUUUUUCCCCCCCACCCCAAGAGGAAGAUAUUUUGGGGUUCAGUCUGGCAUUUGCAAUGCUGCCACAUGGCACCGGAAGCUGCUGCUGGGAUUGCCUGUUUGGGAAUCUGGCUGAAUUUGGACUUUUACUCCCAAGAGAAAAGCUGAGACGGCAGGUGGUUUUCGUCCUACAGAAGGAAGACUGAACAAUUUUAUAAAUCGGGAAAGUCCUUUAAAAAAAAAAAAAAGCAUUGUGUGGAAGAGGGUUAAGCUCUAGUCGCCCAAAGUUAGCAAAAAACAUUGGUGGUAGUUGGGUCCCGGUCCCCCCUUUUGGCUAAAUAAUUGGCUCUCCAAAUCCAGAACUCCUAAAAAUUAACAAACACUUGGGAGAUCACGUGAGAUCACAUCUAGGACAACAGAAAUGGGAGCGAAGACAGACUUCCUCUCAAGUUGUAAUCAAAACUGAAUGAGGAGCCUUGUGGCUGGACUCCAACUCCCAUCAACCUCAGCCAAUGCAGAAUAAGGGGAAUUGCAACCUCCCAAUUUCCUGCUCUGACCUAGGCUUCCCCAGCAGCACGAAGCCAAGUCCUCGUCCCGAUAAACCCCUUUUUAUUUAAUUGACAGUGACUUCCUCUCCAGCAGUCUUUCCUCUCCCACAGUCUUUCAAGAUAGUUCACAAUUACCGACCUUUAUCAGGCUUGGCGAGUGGCCAGGCCGAUAUCUUUCAGACGCCGCAAUGCUUGGCAAGAAUGCAGGAAUGAACUGUCUCCUGCAAACUCCACUCCCCUUUUGCUCCUCUUUUAUUCCCUCCGGGAGGGGCCAUUCAUCUUCCACCUGCAGCCUUACUCCCAAGUCGACCCUUGUUCUUUAGCUGUUCCCUUCAUCUGGCAACUCUGCACAUGCGCACACUGGAAACAGGCUCCAGCUAUUCUUCUGCCUCACUGAUGUCUGACUCCGAAGGCAGCUGAAAACUGUCAGACGGCCUUGGCCCCCUCUCUGCCUCCGACGCAGAGCCCUGAUCAGAGCCUUCCCCAGACUCCAGGACUGGCCCAUGUUCCUCCCCAACCUCCUCACUGCCCGAAUCUGCUGCCAGCUCUGCUGGUGGGCCACAAGGCCCUCCAGUUCUCAACGGCAGCUUCUUCCUCCCCGGUGAAGUCUGCAGCCAAAUGGAAAGACUUGGAAGGGGUAGCGGGCAGAUCUCUCUGCCAGUUGCUCUACGUCUUUCUGAACUGGCACGUCCUGUAGAGAGAAACCUCCAUGGGUAACCAAGACUUGGGGAGAGUUCUAGGGCAACGAAGAAUUUUGCAACGUCCUCUGGGUCUUAAAGGCCCCUUUGGCCACAAGGAGCUCUUAAUGGCGCUGGGCCUGGAGGCGGCCUUGCCUUCCAAGCGCCAAUGCUGCCAGGUGGGCAACGCUACUGCUCUCUUGAUUCUAUUUCAAAUGGCCUGACCCAGCCUCAAUGAGCCUUGCCUGCGAAGUUGAGCCGUGCCAGCCUUGUCCUACACAUCUCGGUUCAAACAUCCUGCCAAAAAUUUAUCUUCACUGUCUCGUCGUUUCUUAUUAAAGACUUUAUUUGAUAGCAAAAGGCACACUUUUUAAACAACUGUGAAGCUGGCAACGAUGCUUCUUUCUUUCC